AGUAUACUUGUAUGUACAUGUUGGAAGAGAUAUUGAGCUAUCUUUCCAGUGAGUCAGUACAGGGACUCUUUUAGACAUUUAGAGGCUGCUCCUAAUGACCAUGACUUUAAUACUCCAGCUCUGCUAACUCUUGAUUUCACACAUCGGAUCUAAGCGGCUCUAAUGUGAAGCCUGCCCUCAACGGUUGGAUCCCUGGCAUGUGACUCAUUGGUCAAGAUGCCCAGUGGAGACAAGAAGCACCGACACACAGAGGUCAAGAGGGACAAGGAGUUGGAUAAGCUUCUACGGCUUCUUAGUACACCAACAAACAAACAGCAGCUACCUCCCUUAGACUUUGAUGCUAGUAAUAACAACAAUAACAACAACAUUCCCGAUGGCAAACUCCUUGGCUCGGCCUCCAUGGUUCCCAACUCUCCUCCUAAUGGUAACAGUCAACAGCAUCAGAUAUCUGAAGCAUCAGCCUUGGAGAACUUUAGCUCCAAGUAUCAGACAGAGAGGAACUUCAGUGGUCAUGUUUUCAGCAAGCAAUUUGAUCAGAUUUUCUCAGCAAUAGUCAAGCACAGAUUAUGCUGCUCAGAAUGGGUAGAGCGAAUACCUACAGAGCACAUUGUCAGAGUUCUGAUUGUCUUGAGACUAUUCCUACGAGACCAGUCGUACCAGAAAACACUGUUUGAACUAGGAGGGGUCAAAGUACUUUCCCAGAAAUUACUGACAGCGACGGAGAAUUAUCUGAACAGAGGUGAUUCUGAACCAUUCAUGGUGGAUAUACUCAAGGAAAUGUCAAAUAUUUUUCAAAAGUUGUCUGGCGAUGUGAAGCAAAGGGAUUGGUUAAUAGCAUGUGGAGCACAUAGGCCUUUAGUAAUGUUACUAUCAGCUAGUGAUGUCAUGGUCCUACACUGUUCUCUGUAUGCUCUCAUAGGCAUGGCACAGAGCCCUGAUCCUAGAGCAGUGAUAGGAGAGCUAUACUGUGUAGAAACUCUUCUCAGGAUAUUACAAGAUUAUGAUAUCCUUUCUAAAAAACUUGCUGCCAGUCUGCUGAAGGUAUUAUGUAUUGAAGAACAAGUGAGAGAGCAGGUGAAAAUAUUUGAUGGCAUGCCAAUUCUUCUGAGUAUUCUCCAUUCAGACAACAUCAGUCUACUCUGGAAUGUGGUUUGGUGUAUAGUACAGCUAUCUCAAGACCAGGAUGCUAGCAAUGAUGUCAGAAGUAUGGGGGGAAUACCCCUUCUUCUGGCACUCUUACAUGAUCGUGAAUUCAGUUCUGAUAGGGGUUCAUCCCAUGCCUUGGCCAGUGCUAGUUCAUCAGGCAGACAUCACUCACUACCAUUCCCUCUUCAUGAUAAUGGAGACAUUCAACUGGAGCAUAUAUUAUCUCUCAAAUCAGCAUGUUGUGCAGCUUUGACUGAACUUGUACACAAUGACACCAAUGCUCAGCAGAUCGUACAGAACAAUGGUAUCUAUAGCGUGGGUAUGCUUAUCUUUCCUCAGAAGACUUCUAAGAAAGCUGAAAGCGAGGCUGUUCAGACUUUACAAAGAAAUUCUUUCCGAACGCUAAGGUUUCUGUUCAGUAUGGAGAGGAAUCGUCGUCUUUUUAAACGUCUCUUUCCACCAGAUCUUUUUGAGAAGUUUAUUGACGUUGGUCACUACCAAAGAGACAUCAGUGCUUAUAACAACCUUGUAGAAGCACUCUCUUCUUUACCAGCUGAUCUCUUAGACACUAUCAAGGUUAAUUUUGAGGAGACGAACCAGAACAAGGAACCAACCCAGUCCGUCUCAGGAUAUCUAGUCUAUGAACAUCUAGGAACUGGUGCCUUUGGUAGUGUCUACAAGGUGAAGAAGAAUGCCGGUGGCAAUUUCUUGGCCCUGAAGGAGAUCUCAUAUAACAAUCCAGCCGUGGGUAGAACAGCCAAAGAGAAGGAGAAGAGUAUUGAAAGUAUUAUUAGUGAACUCAGUAUCGUCAAAGAACAUAUGAGACAUCCAAAUGUUGUACGCUACUACAGGACGUUUACAGAGCCUCAAGCAGAGAAGAUGUAUAUUGUAAUGGAGCUGAUAGAGGGAGCCCCACUCUACGAACAUUUCAACUCACUAAAAGAAAAAAAUGAGCUCUUCUCUGAGGAGAGAAUAUGGCACAUAUUCAUUCAAAUUGUUCUUGCAUUGAGAUAUCUUCACAAAGAGAAGAAGAUCGUACAUAGAGAUCUUACACCUAAUAAUAUCAUGCUUGGAGAGAGGGAUAGAGUUACGAUCACUGAUUUUGGUUUAGCCAGAGCCAGGCAACCUGAUGCCAGCAAGAUGACAUCAGUAGUAGGAACCAUACUCUAUAAUUGUCCUGAGAUUGUACAAUCCACUCCGUAUGGAGAGAAGGCUGAUGUUUGGGCCGCUGGUUGUAUUCUCUAUCAGAUGUGUACAUUAACACCACCGUUCUACAGCUCAAAUAUGCUUGCCCUCGCCAGCAAGAUAGUAGAAGCUGACUAUGAACCACUCCCUGCUGAUCAGUACUCUGACCUUGUCAGUACCACCAUUAGAAGAUGUUUAACCGCUGACCCCGAGCAGCGACCUGACAUUGUAGGCGUGGCAGGCCUAAUAGCAGACAUGAUAAUGCGUCACAUGGAUGGGCUUCGGACCACACAGAUCUCCCUUGAGAAGAAACUAGAAAGAGAACGGAAGAGAACUCAAAGGCACUACCAUGAGGCAACACGGAAUAUGCAGAACUAUCAUCGGUUGUUCUUGGCUUCCCAAGAGAAGAUAGAUCGUCUAGCCAACCUGUCGGGUAGUGGAGGAGCAGUUAGCAUCAAGAGUGAUUCUGAGAUCAAUGAUGUAUUUGAGUCUUGUGAUGAGUUAUCUAGUACAGCUGGUAGUCAGAUAGACCUUGGUCCAAUAAGACCUAAACACAUCUCAGUUGAUACAGAUAAGAGUGCAGAGAGUGGUAUAGAGGAAGAUGAUCCCACAACCUGUGAUAGUCUUGAUAGUAGCUCAGGAAGCUCAGUACUUGGCUCUAGUCUUAAUUCUACCACUAGUCAUCAUGCAGUGCCCCGCCCCCCAAACUCACCCCGCCCCUCCGUUCCGAUCAUCAUCAAGAGACCAUUCACUGCUGAAUCACCAGCAACAAAAGGCCUGCUAUCACCGAGUGAGGUACCGUCCGGGUCAUUAACCCAUCGUCCAUCAGGUACUACACUACAUAGAGCAUUCAGUGGAUCAUCAUUAGAGACUCUUAAACGACAAACCUCAUCUGCUAAUCAGAGAAUGCGUCCUCCGUCAGCUGCAGCUACGUUGACCAUCUCUCCUCGCAAAGUCCGUCAGAUCAGUGAUCCCGUCCUAAAGAUCCUUCACCUUAUCCACAAGCUUAUCUUCAUAUGCCAGCUACCGCCAACACUUGCCCCUAACCCUCGUCGUAAGGUCAUAGAACGAUUCAAGAGGGCGCUCUUUUCUCCGCAGUCUAAUUCAGUCAAUCUCAAAGGCGAGCUCAAAAAGGUCAUAUUGGGAUCUAAGGAGUUAAUAGACUUGAACCUAGGUGUAGGUGAAGCGGCCCUUCUACUCAGACAAGCUAAUCAAGAAGAAGCAUGCUAUCAGGUCACAGGAGAAGCACCAGCUCAUGUGAACUUGCCUGUAGAUCCACAUGACUCAGACAUAGGGAUCACGUAUGAACAGAUGCAGAACUUCAUUGAGAGUGUAUUAGCAGAAUGUGGAUACUACAGUAUGUCACCACAUGCAAGGAGAAAGUUACCCCUUGGACCCAUAGGUGGAGCACCCCUGAUGAUACAGAGGAUGGCUUCCUUUGACAUCUGAGGAUCCGUGACGAUAUUCUUCUAGAUGCUGCUUCAGUCGUGACCUUGUCACCGAACACCUGUAAAGUAUUAGACACCAAGGACACAUUGUGUACAGAGGCAUGGAAGAGUAGAGGAACUUGUAUCCUCAGUAUUUCUAGAGGUGGUUUAGAAGAAUAUGCAGCUGCUACAGAAGAUUUUGAGAAACAAUUCGAGAUGGACAAACACUGAGAGAUCCUGUGUGUGUAUUGUGUCUGUCUGCAUCAGUUAACCGUGACCUAUUAACCGUCAUUGAUAUAUAUAGUGCACAUGCGUUCACAUAUCUUGUGCUUAAGUUGUGACCUAGCUGUCAACUGUCAUUGACAUAAAGUUCACAGAUAUACACAUGACUUGUAGAGGAGGAUUGACAUUUAUUCCUUCAGCAGGUCAUCUUAUCAACUAAUUCCUGAGAAUCAUCAACUAUUGCACAGAGAGUGGCUUCCUUAGUCCCAACGUAUUGUGCGUCAGAAGAGUUUCCUCAAGAUGUUUGACAACCUAGGCUGAUGUUAUUUUGACCACAUCACUUCACAGACAACACGGUAGGUGGUCAUUCCAAACCAAAGUGGAAAGUGUCCAUGAGGAUUUCCAUAUCAUCUUCAAGUCCAGACAGCUUCUUCAUCAUUAGUUUGUGGAUGGUUCCCUGGUUAUUCAACCCUGUCCUUAUGGUGACCUUGAGAAGUUUGAUGAUUUGGGAUAGAGAGUGCCUUCUUAUCAGAUGAGUCUGUCCGCAGGAGGGUCAACCAAGAAGCAUUGUUAGUCCCAGAAUGCUUUCAAGAGCUACAAAGUUCAAUUAAAAAUGGACAGAUUUUUUACAUUCAGGAUCAGACGUUGAUGUUUCAAUGUGUAUUUGGAAAUAAUAUUGCACUUGGGGAAAAAAAAAAUCAGAAACUCACUCAAGAUUGUUGAUUCAUAUUGAUCGUUUGGCUUUUUAGACAAAACCUUGAUUCUUGAUGUGCAAUGCCAAACUAUCCUUUAAGUGCCUAGUGUGUAUGGAAUGAAUAUCCUGCCUCAACACUAUUAAUAAAAAAUCACAAUAGACAUAGACAUUCAAUGUCUGUAAUGGCAUCACUAUCAGGUCACAGAAUACCUCCUUUGAAAGUGAUUUAAAAAAAUAAUUUGUUUGAAGAAUUCUGUGUAAGGUCUCACUCUUAGAGAUCAAUUUGAAAUGGUAUAACACACCAGGGUAUGCUUUAGACCAAGGUUAUGAAGAUGGCUCUGAUGCCCACCUUAAUAACUUGCUACCCUCAAAAUCUCCAUUACCAACAGUGAUUCUAAGGUGAUCUGUUGCCUUUCCCUCAUGAGGGCUUACUUUGAGGACUAACACACUUACAGAAUGAAAUAGCCAUGUUUGAUACAUGUACAUGUACAGCAUAUGGAGAGGAACACAAAAUGUCUUUAAAUGUGUUAAUAACUGCCUAUACAUGUACAUUUCAUGUCAAAAGAGAUACAUACUGUACAAUAUUGUGCCAUCAUUAUGGAUAAUCACCAAUUGUGUCUGUUACUAGUUAAGAGUGUGUGUGUCUACCAAUUUAUUUGAUGAUAAUUUCAUGAUAGAAAGAUUUUCAUUUUAUUGAAUUCAAAGUGCACUAUAGUAAUCACCUUGAUAUAAAACUAAUAAAUGAAGUGUGCUGGUACAUAUAUUUAUUGAUUUAAACUGUGAGAAAUUUGCUACUAAUUUAGAUGUACACAAAAAAAUUCUGCAUUAGUUGAGUAAAUUCACUGAAUUGAUUCAAUUGCAUUUAUUUCUGUGUUUAUAAUGUUCUUCAUGUAAUGCCAUGUCAAAAUUAUGAAAUUUCACUAUCUUUGUUGAUAGCUGUAAGAGCCUACAAUCUGUAACAAAAACAAAAACAUUUUUAUUUUCAUUUUCAUUGUGUUCUUGGUAAUUUUUUCUUGAAAACCGUUCAAGCGGAGAAAAAGGAUAUGAAGACAGAGAGUGUAUUAGAAAUUCAAUCAGUAUUGUUAUGUUUUGUUUGAAGAGUUUUUUUAGAGACAUAUCAAAUAUAUUGCUUAUACAGAUCUUUAAAAAAAAACAAUAUAUUUUGCUGCAGAAUAGAGUGCCAAGUAUUGCUUCUGUUUACACGAGAAACUAUUUUCUUGCACAAAGUCAAAUCUAACACAGACUCAAGUCUUCACUCAAAAAAAAUGAACAAAAUCAAUUCCAAACAGGUUGUCUACUGUACAGAUAGAAUGUGGACUCUUAUAUUUGUAUAUAUGACAGAGUAUGAAAAGCUAUAUAUAUCAGAUAUAUAAAGCAGAGUGUUUAAAAAGAGAUUGGUACAAUGAAACAUGGAUUGCCUGUGUUAUUUUUGUAGAGAGUUUAAAAAGAGGUAUUUUAGAGCAUAUUUUAAGAUAAUUCAUUGAGUUGCAUGUAUAAGGGAGAUUUACAAAGACACAAACUGACAAAUCUGUAAUUUAGGAACAAUUGAUAUUUAUUUUCUAGGCAAGUGAAAUUAACAAUCAUACGAGCAUAUCUAGGACUCGCGCUUGAUAUCUUGAGUUGCGUUUGAAAACACAUCUCUAUCUGCAAUGAGGCCUAGUAUGAUAAACAAUGUCUUUGGUUAUAGUUCAGAUAUUUAUUUUUUGUAGCAUGGUUCUGAAUUUCAUAAUUUGACUUAUAAAAAUGAAUUACUUGUUUUAUAAUUUGUAGGAGAGCAUAUAUCUAGUGUGUGUGUGUUUGGCAUUACAAUCUGAUAUCAAAAUUCCGUCCAUUGCAUUGUGAGUGGCUCAUAUAUGUAAAUAUUUUGUAAAUGAGUCUGGCACUGAGUGUCGUAAUUCAUCGAGCAUGAAAAAAAUAUGUGUUGGUGCUUUUAUAAAAAAAAUAAUAGAUGUUUCAAAGGGUCAGAACUCUUCAAUUUAACAUGUACAUUAUGUGCACAUGGUAAUAAAAGUAAUUUUGUGUUCAUUGCAUCGAUAUAUGUUCUUGAUAUGUGAAUCACUUGGAUUUAUUUUAUUAAUCGUGUGCACUUAUCAAAUGAUAAUGACUGUAUACGUCUAUAAAUGUUACUUUUAUUGGCAUUUUACAAUGUAUACUUGCUUUGGAAGCAAUAUCUUAUAAAACAAUUAACACGAGGGAUUUUAUCCUCCCUUUCUCUCAUUUUCUCUGUUUUAGCUGCAAUUUAAAAGAACACUGAGUAUGUUAACAGUAAGGGAUAUAUCACAAAAAGCAAUGAAUAUAAUAUAAAUGCUAUAUGAUUAGAAAAACUAUCAAGUAAUGGCUUUAAUUAUUGAUAUUUAGAACAAAAAUAUUUUGAUUUUAGCGGAUUUAGUUAAGCUGUUAUAACCAGACCACUUCCUCAUAAUAUUUUCUUAAGUAAAAAAUACAUUAUUAACACUUCCUAAUUCUCUAUCUGAAAAUUGUUAAAUGAUAACAUCUUCAGUGAUUCUAUUGGCAAUGUACAUUUAAUUUGAUUUUAUGCCUUUCUUGAUGUGGGAUUCUGCUAGCCUGUUUGCCACUUCAUCCAUGUAGAAAUAAAUGUUACAAUUUUCAAAAUCAUAGACAAGAUUGAUCCAUAUGGCCGAUAACAUACUCUGAAGCUAAAAUAUAUACUUCCAUUAAUAUUGAGGAAUUUUCCACAUUUUAAUUUUCUUGUUGAUUUAUUAUUUUCACCAUACCAGGUGAUAUUGUUUUAUGAUAUUUUUUUUUUUAACUUUUAAUUAUCAUGAAUGGUUUUCCUGUGUGCUAGUAAUGUGAUGAACAGAUGAAAAUGAUAAUGAAACCCUUGAUUAAAACUGCUUAACUUUGAUCUAGCCUUGCUUCCAAAAUAAAUAAAUAAAUUGUUUUCCACCACUUGCUGUUGAUACUUGUAUGCUGCCCAAGAAAUAAGUAUUUUGGUCUGGGGUCAAUUCUAGUGUGAUUGACCCACUCACUGUGGUAGCUGCUUUUAUUAGGCUUAGACACAGACCCCACCAAAUUACAUUUGAAAUUAAGAAUGAGGAUAGCAUGACAUGGAUAAAUGGUCAGACUUUGAGAAAGACUAGACAGGGAGAGUUGGUGUUAUUUUAUUAUUGUCUGUGGUAUUACUAUAGAAUGAAUAUUUUAUAAUUAAUCUUCCAUUCCGUCCUUAGCAAGCUAUGCCUUCUUGAAUAGACUAUCAAGAUGCACAUAUGUAAAUAAUAUCUCUGAAUAUUGCAUGCAUUGUGUAAAAAGAAAGCAUAUUUAUAUUGAACAUGCUCGAAUAUCGGAGGGAUUUUUUUAUUCAGUUAAGAAUUUCAAUGUUUUUUCUGUGUCUUUAAAUGACUGAUUUGAACACCUUGUUGAAAAAACCUUGCAACUUUGAAUUUCAAAUUUGAUUGAUAAGGUACCUACAACAAACUGUGUCUUUUUAGAAAUUCUCUUUGCCUUGUAUGAAGCCUAAAUUUUGGUUGAAAAUACCUUUUUCAAGUUUUUAAUUCUAAUAAAUUUAAUAAAUUCAGCCUGAAUUCAUCUUUCUAUUGCAGUGAAGCAGGUGAACCACUUCUGUGAAUGUAAAUAACAAGAUUUUCAUUUGUAAAUAAACCGGGUAAAGAACUCUGGAAAGAGUAUGGAUGAUAAUAGAUAUAUUUAUGACAGUGUGAAAUGUAAGGUUUGUUUAAUAGAAAAAGAAGAAAAUAUAUAAAGUAUUUUUGUGUGAAUCAUAUAAAAAUAAUAUUGUUUGUAUGUAUAGUAAUGAUGUUGUAAUAUGCAGGCAUUGAAACAUCUACAAGCAAAGCCUGGUGCAAACUAGGUACGUUCUUUACCUGAUUUUGGAGAAAAAAAAUUGUAAUAACGUUUGAUAUUGAUAUUCCAACCUGCAAACUCUUAACAAUCAAAAUUCCAAGUAGUGCUAUGAAUAUUGAAAUAAAAUUUCCUUUAUCAAACAGCAAGAAAUUAAUGAAAUAACACAAAAAUGAAAGUGUGUAAUGAAUUUAACAUUUGGCAAAUCAUUACAUUGAAUGUAAUUUGGGAUUUUGUUCUGGGCAUUUAAAUGUAAUUUUUUCCCUUUUGCUCUAAUCCUAAAUUUUGCUUCAAUAAGAUUGUCACUGUUAGUUGUGGUUCACAGUGAAAUCACUGAUUUAUAUUCACUUUGAAGCACCAUUACAAGUUAUAUAAUUAUCAGUGAAUGGCAACUUGUCAGUUAAAAUAACGUUCAUGUUAAGAGACCCUUCGGCCGUUUCAUGAAGCUGUUUGUAACAUACCGGUAGUGGGAAUUACUUCCUUCUCUUCCUAUUCGAAAGCUGUUCGACAACAGGAUUUUUAAUCUACAAAGAUUUGAUUUUCAACUAUAGCUAAUAGAAAUACAAGUUAUUGAGAAUCUGAUCUAGCCCCCAAAACUUUGUCAUUGAAAUAUCUUCAUGUAACACCAACCACAUUCAUGAAAGACAUAGAAUACAUGUAUGUAGUUAUGUCAUUUACAAAGGAAUUUAUUUCUUUGUUUCUAGUUCUUUACCAUUGUGGUGAUUUAACAUUAUUCACAGAUCAUUUAAACUUGAAAGUAUCGUAAUUAACUUCUUGAGCUCAUUCAUUAUAAACUUCAUUUGAUGAUAUUGGGUAUUCUAUCUAUUUUCAGAUGACUUUGAAGAGAAGUUUGAGGAAAAUUAAUCCCUUGAAACAGGAUAGCCAGUGCAAAAACAGAAAAACCAAAGAAACGGAUAAACAAAAGUUUGAGAAAAAUUGAAUGAAUAAUAAGAAAGUUAUGAGCAUUUGAAGUUUAGAUCAUGAUCUUAAUGUAGAUCCUCCCAUUGGCAAUGCGACAGAGAUGUGUGAUGUCACAUGUGAACAACUUUCCCAUUACAUUUCUAUAUAUUUCACUUAAAAUGCCUCUUUUAUCACAUCUAUCAUUAGAUCAUAUAUUCUUUCUGUAGGAGGGCAUGUAAUACAGAUUUUCAAAGAAUACAUUAUGGAUAGAGUUUGUAUCACCCUAAGAAAGAGCAAAAAUAAACAUUUUCUGGGUAUUAUAUAGUCCAUCAAAGGGAAAGUUGUACACAUGUGACAUCACAAAUAUUUGUUGCAUUGCCAAUGAGAGGAUCUCCAUAGCAUUAGUGAUUGCAAUAUUCAAAUGCUCAUAACUUUCUCAUUAUUUGUCCGAUUUUUCUCAAACUUGCUUUGAUCUUAUUCUUUGAUUUUUCUGUUUCCACAAAAGUCAACUUGUUCCAAAGGUUUCAUUCCCCUUUAAGAUAUGUACUUGUGUCAAUACCCUAAUUGAUGGAUACAUCUUUUAUCUUGUGUUUCAUUGUGAUGGAAGCAUUGGCGUACCCUUAACAGCAAGUCUGUAAACUUUUAAGCCCAAUUCAUUUUGUGUGCCCUCUUGAUUUUUAACAUUAAAAACAAAGUGAAAUACCA